CCGGUUACAUCUGCUGAGCAGGCAGGGAGAAGAACAACGGGGCGGCUACUUGGACCCAAACAAACCGAGUUGAAAGCGCAUAGAUAUAUAUUUAAGCAGAAAUCGCGUUGACGAUCAUUUUUCGUUUAUUUACAAGACUACUUAAGGGUUGAGGCCGGAUGCAGCGGUGAUAACCACUCCUAGCGGCAGCUGGUGGCGGUGCUCUUUAGCAUCAGCUAGCCGGUUAGCUGGCUCUGACUGACGGGGGAAGCUGUCUGAAAAGCAGCUGGUAACAUCAGGCAGCUGGCCCGAACGGGAACAGACAAAGGGAAGAAUAGAUUUUUAAAAAUAAGUAGAAGUUGAAAUUAAGUCAGAUAUUACUGAAAGGGACUAGUGUGUCGUAAUAGGCAAGUUAGCAAUUAGUUUGUUGAGACUAGCUGGCUAACUUAACUUGGCUAUUGUUAGCUUGUCUCGGGCUGACAUCUGUAAAUACUGGCUUUGUGUAGCUUUAGCUAACAAAGCUAGAAAAACAAAAUGAGCUCUGAAGAGACUGCAGCGUCCAACAAAGCCGCCCCGGAGGAUGAUGGCAUGACAUGGUGGUACCGAUGGCUCUGCAAGAUAGCUGGGGUUUUGGGAGGAAUAUCCUGUGCCGUCUCGGGAGUGUGGAACUGUGUCACAGUGAACCCUUUAAACAUUGCUGCUGGAGUCUGGAUGGUGUUGAAUGCCUUCGUCCUGUUCCUUUGUGAAGUCCCGUUCUGUUGCCAGUUCAUAGAGUUUGCUAAUGCAGUAGCAGCCCGUGCAGAUAAACUCAAGCCCUGGCAGAAAGCCUUCUUCUACUGUGGGAUGGCCCUGUUUCCCGUAUUCUUGAGUUUCUCCUUUACAACCUUGUUUGGGAAUGCCAUCGCCUUUGCAACAGGAGUUCUGUAUGGCCUUGCGUCUUUAGGCAAAAAGGGAGACGCAGUGACUUAUGCCAGACUGCAGCAUCAGAAACAGGGCGAUGAAGAGAGGAUGGCAGGAACGGCAAACGGCGCUCCAGAGUGAGCCAUCUGCCUUUUCAUCCUGCUCCUCCUCCUCUCUUUUCCUAAGUUCUUUCUUCAGUUCCUGCCCUCUAUCCAUCCUACCUCCUCCUACAUCAUCCUUCCCUCACUGUCAUUUCUGUCCCUUCAUAACAAUUGUACUGACUUUAUUUAUUUACUUUAACCGCUGCAUUCUGUCCUGACCUAAUAGUAUCCAAACAGAUUGAUGUUGGAUUCAGUCCAUUAUUUGGUACCUGGUGUGUAAUCAGGGUCUCUCCUUGACACGAUUCCUUAGGUUUUAAGUUUUGUUUUUAUUUUUUUUAAUUCUUCUUAUGGGUUGUGUUUGUUAUUUGUUUCCCUUUGUAGUUUGUUACUGCUGUUUGUUGUCAACCCUUCUUGCAGGAAAAAUGUGAGGUACAUCUUUGUACCGGAGACUUUCAGGAAAUCUGAAUAGAAAUUAAUGUGAUUGUAAAUUGUACAUAAUUAACUUCAAGUUAUUCUAUAUGUGAGGCUGUGAUUCAGAGUUGUCUGACUUAGAGAGUACAGUGGGUAAAGAUAAGUCAAAUGAUACAUGGGGUUCAGACUUGAGCUGCGUGUCGUCCUGUUUUUGGCAGCAUAUCCCAAAUAUUGAUACCAGCUUUUCACAGCUCCGACCUCAUUAUCGUUGCAAAGUUUGGCACAGUGGGGUUUCAAGUGACAUGGACCGUAUGCAUUUAGUGUAUGUGAGAGUAUGGAUGGGUCGUAUUUUUUUUACGCCUGGAACUAAUGUACAGGAACUAAAUGUAGUCCCAUGGUAUUCUGGUUGAAACGCAGGGUUAGACCCUGAGUUCCUCAAAAGGUUCAGGGUCCCCUGGGAAUGUUCCUUUGGUGGAAACAGCCUAACAGAAGAGAAAAUCUGUCCAUUUUUGCAUUAAAAAGUCAAUCGAGGUAACGGUGAAGACUACUGCUAGAAAAGUUCUAUUCCCAUUUAUGUUUGGGGUCUUUUUAAACCCAAUUUAAUGUAGAUUAAGCACCAAUUAGAAAUGAUUAAUGUGAAGAGGACUUGAUUAUCAGUUUUGAAAGAACCUGCCUCUUUUUUUUUUUUUUUUUUUUUAAAUCUUUCAGACUGACAAUUACAAAACAGAUCUGUAAAUAACCAACCUAAAGUGUUACCUUUAGUGUUUUUAUGUCCUCAAAUCUGACCUUAAAUGGAUUAAUGGAUAAUUAUUCCGAGUCACAAUCAGACCCAUUCAGAGCUGCAUUAAAACUAGAAACAGUUGUUAUACAAAAAACAUUGUGCUUUUUGUUGAGUAGAAAUUACUUUUAUAUAAAAAUAAGUAUUGAGCUUUCCGAAAGACCUUUGAAAUUGCUCUGGAAAACCCCACCCUGUCUGCCCGAGAGGUGCAUCAUGCAAAUGAAAUAUGAAUACAAACUAAUUGAUUUUGGUUUUACAGUAUUACACCCACUGCGCACAUACAACUCUGAACUGCAGCCUGAACGCAUUUCUAAAUGUACAAAGGCAUUAGGGAUGUUUUCAAACAUUGGGGAAUGUAUCUGGUCUAUCCAAAGAUAAAGACAGUUGAUUUUUAGCUUUGUUUUAUGCUUUCAUAUGUUCAGUUUUUCAUUUUAAGGUCAGUUAAAGCACUAAUGCACUAAAUCUUUGGUAGCAUGGAUAAAGGGGGACUUUCAUUAAAAGCUUUCAGUGCAUGGGUCCGCAUGUUUACGUAUGGUUCCUCGUGUUGGAGCCUCCGGUAGCCAAGUUGUGGCUGCAGAUUUUGAGAUACUUAAUGUACUGAAAAACUGGAAUGUGCGCUUAUUUUAUUCGCUCUCCUUUUUAAAACAUGUUGCACCUUUUUUUUUCUUUUUUUUUUUUUUUCUUUUAAAAUCAAUUACUGAAUAUCCUCUGUGUUAAUUAUGACUGUUUCUUAUGAGUGUCAAGUAGUACAUUACUCUACUCUACCAAAACCCUUUAAAUUUUAAUGAGGGGAAGUGUCUUGAUUCAGGGACUAAUUGGUCUGUAUCCCACACAAUCAUCAGAGCCACAGCUUUCCUUUGUCACUCAAAUGAGGUAUGCAGUGGUCAGCAAUAUGCAGUUUGUGUUGUUUUUCUUGCCUUGCCUCUGUUGUGUCAUUGGUAAUAAGGACGCUUUGGGAGUAACUGUUUACACAUACCUCUUACAGCAGUUUCUAUCGUACACCUAUUACCGGCUGGUCAGUGACUGGGUGGGUUAUUCACACACUACCACCAGCUCUCAGGUAUCAUACUUAAUGCACAGCGUACAGACACAGUUGAUAAAGUAGUGUAUAUGUAGAUCAUAGAUAUAUGGUGACUAGCGUAAGCAUGACUCUAUGAAAUUACCAUACCACAGCUAAUGGAAAAGCAUUUGUGAAGCAUUUCCAACGUUCACAACCAGUGCUCACAAGUGGUUAAACACUACAUUACACACCAGCGUUAUGCUACAGUCUGACACUACACGCUCUUAUACACGGUUUUAAUAGGAUGAAAAAAAAAAACAGUGCUUUCCUUGUCCAUAGCUAUCCAUCCGCCCAUUCAUUUUUAAAAUUUUAUUGCAGUGACAUGUAUCCAAAGCUCAUAUGAAUCAACUGAUUCUACAUCCGCAGGUGUUGAGCGUGUCCUCCGCUGUAAGGGAUAUGUGUACAAUGUGUGUCGUUACGUGAAUCCUCAUCCUGUUACGAAUUAGUUAAUUAAACUUGAUACUACUACCACGGUGUUGGCUUCUUAUGUUU